AUGGAGAAGAAAGGGCCCAACCCGGCAACUCAUGGUAAUGGAGAAGGUAGAAAGGGCCGCCGGACGCGGCACAACGCAUUGGAACCGGAGCUGCGCUUGAUCGAUAUACACACCAAGGAGGAGGUUGACACUGAUACUCUAACAGUGAGCAGAUAUGAGACUUUGUCAGCCUCAGACUAUCAUCUAGGUGUUCUCCCUCCAAUCAGGGUGCCAACCUUCAUGGUACAAAAAGGCUACCUGGGUGCCAUUGGCUCAAGCAUGAGCACUGUUGGGUCCAGUCUCUAUACUGGAGUGGAAACUGUAGGCCAAGGCGUAUGGGAUGCCACCAUGUUUGGUCCACGAAUGUUGGGUGCGAAUCGGAUCUUCAGUGGUGCUGAUAGCAUCAAGAGUGGUACCACUGGACCAGAGCGUGGAAGCACCAAGGACCGGAAAAACCUGGCUGGCUGGAUCCCAGGAUUCGGCUCUGCUGACGGCACGACCGAGGAAGAAACACAGUUAACGACAGCACAGGGCAUGAAGAUCUUUAUCUUCAGCCCCUAUGACUGUAUAGUGGCUGUUAAACGCAAUCUCAAUGACAGGAUUCAGUGGCUGAAAAGUGUCAAGCGUUACCAGCAAGCAUGGGAGUUGAUCGAUGACCAUCCUGAAGCAGCAGGAGGCUCUCUCGAAAGUCCCGAAGCAGAAACUCCACAAACUCCGUCCAAGGCAAGCUCCAUAACCAGAUCGGCCACGGGAACAAUCUCAAGUCCUGACAAAAGCCGUCAGCAUGCGACGUUGGCUGAGUUUUUCACUGAUUCCAAUUCCAUCACGAGCUCAGCACAAGUGAAGUCCAACGGCAAAUUCUCGGCUGCAGAGAAGGAGAAGCGAAAAAUAGGCGAACUCUGGUUGAGGCAAUUGACCGAUGCAAAUAACUGGCAGGAAGCUGGAGAAGUGGCUGCAAAGGUCCUUAACACCACAACACGGUGGGAGCACUGGAUCUGGCUGUUCAUUAAAAGGCAGAAGUUUGACGAGAUAUCUCCAUACGUCCCGACUUUGGAAUUGAUGCCCCCCCUACCGUCGUCUAUCUAUGAGAUCAUCCUCGGACACUAUGUUGAGACAGACAAAAGUCGGUUCAAAGAACUACUGGAUCAGUGGCCGUCGGAUCUCUUCGAAAUCAGCAACAUCACAACAGCGAUCGAGGACCAACUUCGUACCGGGAGUGCGCCAAAGGGCUCAAAUGAUUGGAGACUCUUACAAGAAUAUUUGGCGAGAUUAUUCCUUGCCGACGGACGUUAUAAUGACGCCUUAAAAUGUUACAUCCACCUUCAAGAUGCAGACACUGCUCUAUCACUUAUCAAAGAUCACCAUUUGGUCGAGGCAAUCGUUGAUGAUAUCCCAAGCUUUGUCACGCUCAGGGUGACAGCAGAUCAGUUGAAAUCUGCAUCUACAAGCGAACUAGACGAACUGUCUAUGGAUUCUAUCCAACUGCUUGUGGACGAAGCCACCGCCGGCGUGGUUGAGGCUGACGAGGUUGUUUCACAGCUUAAUACUUCCAAGUUAAGACCAUUUUUGUUUUUUUAUUUCCGCGCUCUGUGGCGAGGCGAAGGCUCACACAGCGAAGCUAAGGGCCCGCGCGUUGGCCAUUCAGCAGUAGCAACGGCCCUGAUCGCGGAUACCGGCAAGCAGCUAGUGGAGCAAUUUGCAGAUACGGCAGUUGAAGUGUUCUCGGAAUACGAUCGAUCGUUACUCAUGGAGUUCCUCCAGUCAUCUACAGCAUAUGCUUUCGAGAAAGCUGUCAAGCUAUGCGAGAAGAAACAUUACGUCGAAGAGCUCGUGUUCUUACUCAGUAAGACCGGUCAAAUGAAGAAAGCAUUAUAUUUGAUCAUCGAUGACCUCAAAGAUGCAAAGAAGGCGAUAGCAUUUGCAAAGGAGCAGGACGACAAAGGUCUAUGGGAUGACCUAUUGGAGUAUAGCAUGUCUCGACCACGGUUUAUCUCGGAACUCCUCGCUGAGGUAGGAACGGCGAUCGACCCAAUUACCCUGGUUAAACGAAUACCGAGCGGCCUCGAGAUCGAGGGCCUAAAGGACGGCUUAAGGAAGAUGCUCCGUGAAUAUGAUCUUCAAGAUAGCAUCAGCUCGGGUGUGGCGAAAGUGCUGAGCAGUGAAGUUGCCGUCGGGAUGGAGACCCUCAGACAAGGUCGAAGGAAGGGCAUCAAGUUUGAGGUGGUGUCGCAUCAUCCCCGGAAGCCUGUACACAACCCAGAGCAUACUGCAAAUGAUGUUGAGAAGGGGACAAAUCCCGAAGAAGCUGCACAGAAACCUGAGGUGGAACCAGGUCACUGUGGAAGCUGUCAGAGGGCAUUUAUCCAGGAUGAGAAGGAGACGCUUGUGGGCUUUGCGUGUGGUCAUGUAUAUCACAUUUCACACUUGUUACACGGACCGGAAGCGGAGGGAGACGAAGCUCUCCUCCCUGAUUCUGCCACGAGGAAGGACCGUGAUAGUGAAGGAGCACUGGACGAUUUCAGGUUCUCGAGGAGCGUCGGCCCAAAGGUCACGAAUGCGCGGCUUCUGAAGGAUAAGAUUCAGGCGGUGGGUGGGUGUAAAAUUUGUAGGACAUAG